CUGAUUUAUGUUUUUCUGCUUUAGGCCAGAGCUAUGAUAGCAGUUGGACUUGGUGUUGCAACUGUUGCAUUUGCAGGGCGUUAUGCAUUCCACCUCUGGAAACCAUUGGAGCAAACAAUCACAGAGACAGCAAAGAGGAUUUCAACUUCUAGUCUUUCAUCAUACUAUAAAGGAGGAUUUGAACAGAAAAUGAGUAGGCGGGAAGCUGGUCUUAUUUUAGGUGUAAGUCCGUCUGCUGGCAAGGCCAAAAUCAGAACAGCCCAUAGGAAAAUCAUGAUUUUGAAUCAUCCUGAUAAAGGUGGAUCACCUUAUUUAGCAACAAAAAUAAAUGAAGCAAAAGACUUGUUGGAAUCCAGUGCCAAAAAUUGA